AGGGCCUCGGGCGGCAGGGAGGGUCCCUGCGGGUCGGUGGGGGGCCUCUUUUGUUUGCCGCCUGCCGGUAGGCGAGGGAGGCCUGUGGGUGGCUCUGUGCCUGUUGCUGGGGCGGCGCGCGUGCCCCUCGCUCGUCCGCGGCGGGGGGCGGCCGUUGGUGGGAGGCCGUUGGGGCGGUUCGGCCUCUGUGGCGCGAGUGCUGAGCGGAGCUGGCAGAACCGAGGGCGCCCGUGGGGGUACCACGAGAGCUCGUAACGUGGCGUCUGCGCUCUUCCAUGCAAAAGUUGGGGGCUGGCUGUUCCCCUGAGAAAAAAAACAGAGCAUGCAUUACAGAUGUAACAGCUUGACAUUUUGAUAUGGAGAAGAAACAAGUUUCAAAACGUUUAUAUGUUGGAGGGCUUGGCCAUACGGUUUCUAAGGCUGAACUGCAAGAAAGAUUUGGCAAAUUUGGACGUGUUUUAGAUGCAGAAAUUAUUACCAGGAAAGAUGAACAGGGGAACCCUACAAAAACCUUUGCUUACAUCAGUGUCAGCAUUUCUGAAACAGAUCUUAGAAAAUGCAUGUCAAUUUUAAAUAAAACAAAAUGGAAGGGGGGGACGCUACAAAUUGAGCUGGCCAAAGAAAGCUUUUUACACAGACUUGCCAUGGAGCGAGAGGAAGCAAAGCUGCAAAAGGAAAAGCCACAGAGAAAUGAUGAAAGAAAUCUAUUAGAAUCGCUGAAAAAGGCUGGAGUUGUAGAUUUUCACAUGAAAGCAGUACCAGGUACAGAGGUGCCAGGUCAUAAGAAUUGGGUUGUUGGUAAAUUUGGCAGAGUCUUACCUGUCCUUCAUCUUAAGAGUCAACAGAAAAAUAAAAUUGUGAAAUAUGACCCAUCAAAAUACUGCCAUAACCUUAGAAAGCUGGAGCAAGACUUGACACAUGUAGUUCCUGUAUCCAAGCUCACUUGGCAUUUGGAAGGGCGAGAUGACAGCAUAAGCAAGAAGCGACAAGGGGAGUUCCCUGUAACAAAGAAGCCACCUAAAAAACUGAGACAACUGGACAGUGAGGAUCUGAAUGGAACAGUAGUUCUCCCUUCCGGUUGCCAGUCACAGUCAAAAAACAUAAGCUCUUCGCAACCAAUCCAAAGAUCAAAAUCCAAAUCCAUCGAGAUGUCUAAAUUAUUUCCAUCAAUCAGUAAAACAUCAGGGAAAGAUUUACUCUCAGAUAAAAGCAGUGUUUCUAGAGCUACAUCUCAGAAAAAUAUGAUGAGUGUUUCUGACAGUAACUCUGAUUCUGAAGAGGAAAUCAGAGCAAUGAUAAAGAAAGAGAUGGAAAUACAGAAAGCUGAAACAAAUGUUGAGACUGAAAGUGACCACCUGGAAAUUGUUGGGGAUGACUUUGAGCUAAAAUACAAUACUCACUGGUCUUUAGACAAUCCAGAUACCGUGAAGAAAGUCAUUAAAAGAAAUAGUAGAAAGAACGAGUCUAUGGAAUGUGACAAUGGUUAUGAUUCAGCAGAUACAGAUGAAAUUAUUGCUGUGAGUAAAACUCCUGAUCUAAGCAGCAGGAAAACUACAACUUUAGAAGACUGUAAACAGGUAAAGGUGGAAAAAAAAGUUGAUAAAGAAAUAUUAACUAAUAAAAAUUGUGAUUUGGUAAAUGUCUCCUCACUGAAAACACAUAAUUUAAAAGAAGAAAACUUUGGAAGAGAAGGGAAAAAGAGAAAAUCUAAAAUUUCUGCCUUGCGGAGUAAAACAGUUAAGAGUACAAAUAAGACAAGUGACAGUGAAAGCUCUUAUUCACAGUCUGAGGAAGGGGAAUCUGAUACCAGUUCUGUUUAUGAGUCUAUGAUGCAAAACUGUUACCGUCUAGACCUUACAUUAGAUGACUUAAAAGCAUUAGCUACUGAAAACACUGAGACUUCAGUAGAUGCAGAUAAUACACAGAGUUCUAGUGAGUGCAGUGUUAAAGAAAAUGCUAAGGGCAAUGUCACAUAUAAUAAAAAACAUUCUAAAAUUCCCCCAGAACUUAAAAAAAAAUGUAUCUGUCCUGAUGAUAUAGUUGCUGCCCUUUUAGAGGGGGAGGAGAAUGCUGAUGAAGAAAGCGCCAAGGGACAAACUAAUUCAGGUUUGAAGUAUCGGCCCUUCAGAGGAAUGGGGUCCCUUUGUGAAAAAGAGCUAACUAAGGGCAGCACUGGUUUGAAGAAGAGGUCUGUAGGAAACUUAGGCUUUGAAACUUAUUUUUCUUGCUGUGGAGAAGAGUCAUCUGCAUCUAAGAACACUCCAUUGCAUUCACUUGAAGUCAGCAGUAAAAAGCAAAAUGUGGCUUGUGACCAGCUCAAGGAAUUGUCAGAUGCUGCCAUCUCAGCAGAUAAGAGCGAUCAGCCUAUUUGCAGGCCGCACUUGCAGGGAAAGAGCAAAUAUGUGAACGCUCAACAAGACCAAAAGUCAGAGGGUGGAGAUGCUGUUCCUAGUGCCGAUGAAAGUGAGGAUGAGAGCAGUAACAUGGACAGUAAUGCUCCCAUAUCACAGGAACACAUUAAAGGACAGCUGAAGAGUCCAAAAUUGCGUUCAAAAAAACUGAAGAGAGAUGUAAGUAAUGAGAAUGGGAAGACAACUAUUCCAGAAAGUAAGGAGCUUUGUUUUCAUGCUACUGCUUCUAAGGAACCUGAUACAAAAAAGAAACAAUUGCAGGAUAACCAGAGGAGGCUGGCAGCUCUAGAAGAGAGGCAAAAAGAGAGAGAAUUACAGAAGAAACUCAUUCAAGGAGCUCUCUCAAAUCUGGAUAGCCAGCCAGCAAGCGUGCAUAAACACAUUAUCUUCAGUUCAGAUGUGGAAAGUCAAUCUGAAAUAGAUGAGAUGUCUGAGAAAGACGCAAGUUUGGGAAAUAUGUUUGAAAAAGAGUCUGCUCCUAAAACUUCUGGAAGGCUAUUUGAAAGCAGUGAAGAUGAGCAAGAUGAUACAGAUGAUGAGAGAUUCAAAAUUAAACCCCAGUUUGAAGGCAAAGCAGGUGAAAAACUCUUGCAUUUGCAAUCACGAUUUGGCACAGAUGAAAGGUUUCGUUUGGAUGCUCGAUUCCUUGAAAGUGACAGUGAAGAAGAAGAAGAAGAGACAAAGAUACUGGAGACAGAAGAAGAAGAGCUUGCUGCAGAGAAGAAAAAAAAUCUGCAAAUCCUGGGAAACCUCUUGAAUAUCAACCUAGAACAGCCUAAGCCAACUAAAACAGCCAUGAAUGCUAAGAAAUUCAAAGAUAUUAAUGCCCUUCGCUAUGAUCCUACAAGACAGGACCAUGCAGUUUUUGAAAGGAAACCAAAUGCUACAGAAAAAGAGAGUAAAGCUAAAAGGAAGAAGAAGAGGGAGGAGAGUGAAAAACUACCUGAAGUGUCUAAAGAAACAUAUUAUGAUAUUGCUGUGAAUUUAAAAGAGUUGUUUGGAUCUUCAAAGAGUGAAGCAAAAAAAAGUGAAGUAAUACCCUGGGACAAAGAUGAUGCAGAGGAAUUCACUUCACCUGACAAUCAGACAUUGGGACCUAACGUUGGCAGUAAUGUAGCUCAGGAGUCUAGUGGUUUCACAUUUUCCUUCUUUGGUGACAUGGAUGCAUCAGCCAUAAAAGAAGAGCCCUACAUAUUUGAAACAAUAAAACCUGUAAAAGUUGCCUGGCAAGAAGAUCCACGUUUCCAAGACAGCAGCUCUGAGGAUGAUGAAGAGCCAGAGGCAUCAGAAGAAGAAAGAGACAAAGAAAUGUUCUUCUCUUUACCACAGACAAAAACUGCUAGAUUUUUCUUUUUCUCCAAAGAUGAUGAACGAUUAAGAGAAGGCCCUAAAUCAUUCUGUAGGUCAGUAAACCUCAGCGAAGAAAAAGACACCUGGGAAAAUAGACGUAGAUUAUUGCUUGAGGAAUGCCGGAAGAAACAUAAGGAUGCAAGAAGGAAAGUGAAAGCAAAACAAUAAGUCUUUCUUGUGCUCCUUGUCAAGAAUGGGUUUUGUUUCUUCUUUCAAGAAACUGCAAAAAAAGUUUCUUUCAAAAUUCUGGUCUUUCAAAGAUCUAGUGGGAACAAUAUUGGAAAAGAUUAUUAAACUUUGGUUUUAAAAAGCUACAUAUUAAUUGAUUAUGUCAAUUUGACGGUUGUAACCGGUUUUCUAUUUUUUUGUGUGUGUGUAUAUGUAAACACAUUGUUUAAAUGUGAGUUGCUCGUUCACAAACUUCUUGAGGAUUUGAUCAUGGAAUGAAGAAUACACUGGAAUAUUUUUGCUGUGUUUUCAGGCCCUAGUGCUGCAUGGGGUUGAUAGAGAGCAGGGGCAGGUAAUUGCACCUGUAAGGUUAUAUAACCUGUAUUUGGUUGAACAUAAUAGAGGUCUUGUUCAAGAUUUCUUUACAAAUAUUUGAAAUGCUUUUUUUCCUACAUUAAAAGUUUACCAGAGGUUUAUGAAAAUAUGUAAAUAAUUAUAAAGGCUUAUAAAAUAAGUUAGAUUUCUAUUUCUUCACAGAACUGAAUUCUCCACUUUUUUAAUAUAGUAUUUACAUUAAUAAAUAUUAAGAACAAAUGUU